AUGAGUUCUGCUACAGUUGCGAAAACUGUGGCAAAGAAAUUGUAAGUAUUCUUGGUAGUGUUCUCUUUUCAUCAGCCAUCACUACCAAGCUCAAUUAGUUUAAGUUAUUAAGAUUAAUUUCCGACUCGAUUGCAAUCAGCACUAGCUGUUAUAAGCUGAAUGUGAGUGUAUUUUUGGGUAAAGAAGUCAAGCUUUAAGUUUAAAGCCGUCUGUUUCCUUCUUUAUUCGAGAAACUUGUAAGUAAGGCCGAUCACGUCAAUGGAUCUUUGGCUAAGUUUAAAUUUUUCAACUCAAUCUGUCAAGUAAUAUUUGCGUUAUUUGUUGCACGUUUUAAAACGUAUUAACCUGUUCUGAAAUUUAAAUAAAAUAAUCGCUCAUAAGAGAAUCAAGGAAAAAUGCUGUUCGACUAGCUUGUACUAGCAGUGCAGACAGCAUGGCCAUGAUAUACAUCUGUAUAACGCUCUCUUCACGUCACUAUGAAGAGAUAAACACCACACUUAACACUCAAGUGUAUCAUUAAAGAGGUUUAAAAUUAUUUAGAUAGACAAUACAUCAUAAGUCAAAUGCAACGUGAUUGGUUUUGCUGGUUUGCAAAAUGUGUAUGAAAUCAUUUUAUUUUUCAUACAAAAUAUUUUGCUAUUUCUGAAUGGCUUUAAUGCGCAAGAUUAUUCUUCAUAAUUAACUGGCACUGACCAUAUUUGGAAAAUGUGAGCAAUAUACAAUCAUUGAUGUCAGUCACUCGGUUGUCAAUUCUUGUAUGUUGUCAAUAAACAGUCAUUGAUAUCACCCAAGACAGAAGUGUGGCAACUUAGCUGUUUUGUCUUAAGUGCAGAACUCAAGAAAAUGAUGAAAGAGUUCACUGCCAUGCAAAGACGAAACAGCAAAAUUACUGACUAAAAAAUGAAUGAAAUGAAAUCGUAAAGUUAAAAAAAAUCUCAAUAAAUGUUGUCUGCAUUCUGUUGUGUAUCUGUUUAACACAGGUAAAAUUUGAUUUCAAGUUAAAAUUUUUCCCUUGUUCAAUUCACAAUUUCCUUUGUCUCUAAGGGCUAGGAUUAUGAUUGGUCAGGAAAUGAGGGGAGAAGUGCUUCUUGUCUACUGAUGUUAUUAGAAUUUGUUGUUUAACAAACCUGCUACCUAAACUCAUUUCAUUCUGCCAAUUUUUAUAAUACCUAACAAAGUGUCUAGCCUAAUUGCUGGCAACUAUAAGGUUUUCAUAUCACUAAAAUUUUUACUGACCAUCUGAUCUGUACUUGUCUAAUCUUUAGUCUUGCCUCUACAGCAGAGAUCCAUAUUCAUUUUUUCUCAGAGUCAUCAGCCAGGCAAGUAAGCCUCAUGGCGUACUUGCCCGAUUACAAUUUCAGUUGCCUGGACAAAAGUGCAGAAUUAUAUAAAAGAAUAGUGAAAAAAUUGUGUGCAACUUGAACAUUUCUGAUAAGCCUUUUAUUUCCGUUUAAGUUACUAAGAAAGGGUUUUAACUAAGUUAAGUACCACAGGCUACACGCCUAGGCUAAACACAGUUUAUCAACAUUUUACAAGUAGCCCUGGUCAGUCAGUUUGCCAUGAAGGUUAGACAGUGCACUUAUGUUUUCCCCCAUAUAAGGCAGCAGCUCCUGUGUCACCUUUUUUUUCCAUCGAAGGCAGUGAAACGUCUUCUAAAAGAAAUAACAUCUUGAUGCAUAUAAGGCACCGGCUUCUGCUUCACCGUUUUUUUCUGCCAAAGGCAACAAAACGCCCUCUAAAAACACCACAUCUUGAUGAUUUCAGUCACAUUUUCUACGAAUGGCCUCUGAAUGCAGUACUUCACAAUAGACUGAGCGAGUGAUCGUUUCUUAGAAAAUGCUGCACCAUCAGAGAUGGCGCCCAAACUUACGAUUUCAUUGCUUGUUUAUUCUCUAUUAUUCUAAAAGUUUUAAGUGGAUGAGACGUAAGCAUUCAGAACACAGGGAAAAUGUAUAAAACCAUAUAAGAAUAUUUGAAAAGAUUUUCUGGUUUAGCAAAACCUCACUCGUCCAAAGGGUGACUUUUGAAGUUAUCUUAAUCGUCUUUCGAGGUUUUUAAGUUCUCUGGGAAUAUGGAUCCCUGCUACUGGUAAAUAAAGUGAACUACUGAUCUAGGUUUAUCGAUCAAGGAUUGGGAGACAAAGAAUAUGGUUAAAAGUUUGUAUUAGGCUUAAUGACCAUUUAGGGAUUUGAAAAACCUUGACCGGCCAGCUGCCAGUCAUAUAGCCAAUAUUAUUUAAAACAAUCCAUUAACAGAUGCCAAUUGUCAAGAAUUGGAUCGAGAAGGCAUCUAACUCUAGCACAGGCUAUAAAAGCACAUAUAUUUAUAAAUAUAACUGAAAUUAAUGAGGAUACAGUUUUUAAAAAUGGUGUUUCACUAUAAAGUGCAUAUCAACUAACUAUGCCCAGUAUGUUGUUUUGAAAACAGAGAGUGAAACUAGGAAAACUGAAAGAAAUGCUUGAUGUGUGUUUCAGUCAGCUGAAUAGUUUCUACAAUAGGGAUGAAAUUGCUGACCGAAGUAGGUCAGUAAUAAUUAUAGAAGAGUAUUGUUAUCAGUAAUAACCAAUUAAAGGAAGAUCUUGAAAGACUGUUUUCAUUUAGCAGACCUAUUUUUGUUAAUAAUUAAUUAUUUCUGCCUCAUUUUGCAACUAUCAGUGUUCCUGUUUGGAGCUCUAACCAAUGAAUUUAUGUCAUAUUCAAUUCCCUUAGGAUUGUUUAGAAAUAUUAACAAAUCAAACUUUUUAAGUAUCAUACAUAAACUCUAAGUCAGAAAAACAAAGUAUUUUUUUUAAACUACAAAAACCUGGCAUUUAAUUUGAGAAUGAUCUAUGUGGAAUGCUACAUUUUUUCAAGUCAUUAAUUAUUUAUUGUGAAAUAACAUUUUACUCCUCUGGCAUGUUUCCAUGGUCUCAAAACUUUACACUGCAAUUCCCUUGCAAGCUGUUAAAUACUUAUUUUGACUCUGACCACAGUACAGUGUUGUUCAUGAACUUACUCUGUAAUUCAAAUUGGUGAUUUUACAUUUCUGGAACUUGUGAACUGAGCUUGAGAAUGUUUUUGUGUAAUUUCCUUCUCUGGAAUAAUACAUGAAGAGAACUUCAAGGAAAUCUUUUAAUCAUCGUCCUUUGUGCCCUAAUUCUUGCCUUCACUUCCUGGAAACAGUGUCUGAUUCUGGAGAAUCUGAGUAUGGAAGUCAAGAGAAGUAUGGCUAUAGAAUACUAAGCUUGCUAUGUAUCAAAUUUCAUGCAUUUUUGCUACUUAGUCUUCUCCUUGUUUAUAACUUUUUGGUUUUCAUUACUAAAAUUAGGCAAUCAAUGGGUAAUAAUAUUAUAGGUUUCAUCAUUAGUAUCACUAACAUCUUAGUGUUUACUAUUUUACAGUUUAUGUUUAUAGCCUUAAUAGAAUCUGUUAAUGCAUUUUUUUCUCUCUUGCAUACUUGUAGGAAGUAUUAUCUUGAUGUUCAGAGAAGAGAAGAUGGUUUUGAUUUAUCUGGGCCAUGUUAUCCCAGAGAGGAUCCAGUUCCUUUAAGAGCUGUAAGAAUUUGAAUUGUUUUUUCAUAUCAAACCACUCUUUAAAGUUUAGCAGUUUGAUUUAUGUGUUACAUCCUGAAGUUGGAGUUUAAAAACACAAACUAAUGCAAUGAUUGUAAAUGGUUAGUUAUGCAAAAUUGUAUUUCAUCACAAUUCCUUAAUCCAUGUCUACUUUUGAAUUGCUUGUCAUUUCCUUGUUUUUCACGUAUCAGGUCAAUUUUUGCUUUGAGGAAGAAGAAAGUUCAGCCAUGGAUAUACACACUGUAUGGUCCUUUUUUAAUAACAAAAACCAAAUAAAUAAGCUUCAUUGAGUUGAGUCUGUGUAUGUGAAAAUUUGCAAGGCUGACUUACAUGUACGAGGCUGAUUUCAAAUAAUGAACAUAUGAAUAUCACAUAUUAGACCUGUGGGAUAAAGAAUUAAACGUAAAGAAGAUCAUUGCAGUGCUGUUAUAGAUACAACAUCUGCAUAAAGAAGGCCUGGAAAAAAAUUCUUGGCAGCUGCAGUUAAGUUGCAUCUUCUGCUUGCACUUCUGGACAAACUUGAACUCUACAUUUUUCUGCAUGUUUUACUUGCUUGCAAGCCAAACAUUGUUUUUAAUGCUGUUUUUUUGGGGGGACCGUGGGGGGGGUUUGUGUCAAAAACACUCUGACUUAGUCAACUAAUUGGCUUUCAACAAGACCACUCUUAUUUCAAAACAUUCCUCAAGCUUUAACUUCAACAAAUAUAAUAAUUAUGAUCAUGAUUUGCUGUUUAUUUCAAAUCUAGGGUCCAACAUUAGAUUAUGAUGGAAUCCAUGACAGAAGCUUAAAGCAUUACUUUCACAAUAAUAACGUAAAGAAGCAGUUGCAACAAAUGCACACAGCUCGGAACCAAGAUGCCCGCGAGGGUACAGUGAGAGGUUUUAUGGACCAGACCAUGGCAUCUGUGGAUUAUAGACUCAAGCCUGGUCCUAUCUCACCUUAUGCUAUACCUCAGACGGUAACACCUAAGCCACCUCCACACCGACCACAAGCCACGAUAACUGUAGACCAGUAUAUGAAGACAAAGAGAGGAGCUAAGCGAAGGUACAUUAUUUGAAUCAUUGUUUUAUUCCUAGACUCUCACUCAACUAAACAGGGACUGCCAUUGGUUGAUUCUUGGUCAUGUGGCCUUGACUAAAAUCAAUAAUGUGUCUUGAUUGUGAUACAUAAAUUUAAGCAAUGUACCCCACUUGGGAUACAUUACAGCAUGUGAUCAAAGCAUUGUGGAAAGUGGCAUGACAGAAGGUGGGAAAAACACCGACAGUUUUCUUUUUCAUGAAUGAACACAACGACACAAACAUGAAGCCUAGCUAGCUUAUGCUUCUUUUGUUGCUGUUGAAGUGAAAGUGUAGAAAUAAUUAUCACAAAACACUUAAUGUCAAGUUCCUCUGGAAACCAGUUAGUUUUGCUUUCCCUUGAGUCCUCAUGUUUCCCUCAACGAAGGUACAUUAUGAAUUACUGUUCAACUCCAAAGAAAAAUAUUACUGUUUAGCAGUUUAGCAGUUCUAGCAUUUUUUCAGUGCUUGAAAUAACUCAUGAUACAUUUGAAGUAUGUGUGUGUGAAGACAUUGCAAAUUGAAUGGCUAAAGACAUAUAUGAUGCAAAUAAAUCCCCUGUGCUGUCACCAUUCAAAGGAACCUAGUCAUCAUUUCUUUUCCAUGGUAAAUUUAAACAUUACAGUACGGUCCAUCCUCUCGGUAUGGACACCUCUCUAAUAUGGACACCUCAGACUCUAUUACUGACAGUUUCUAAUGUCCCGACGAAAUUCUCAUAUAUAUAUAUAUAUAUAUAUAUACCUGUUUUCAAAAAGGUUUUCAUAUAGAGAAAUAUAUAGAUAGAUAUAUACUUUUGUUUUCUUGCACGUGCGCCCGUGCGCAUUUUUCACUUCUUAUAGUCCAACUUGUGAAAAAACUCGGUUCAACGAUAAAUUCUCUCUUCGUCAGGUUCUUUGUUCCAAUUUGUCAACAAAAAAGAGAAUGCACGAAUAUUGUCUGCAAAUUCUCUUGAUUUGCAUUCUUUUGAAAAUUAAAGAAUGCGGAAUUCGGUCAGUUGUAGGUCCUAUAAUUGUUGUAGUAACAGGAUAAGGAGAAAAUCAUCAAUGAUAAUUUUCAUUUUUACAACAACGCAGAUGAAAUGAAAAAAAAAAGUAUUUUCGAAACCGCUGACUUUUUUUUUCUUGAGAAGGAAGAUGUGACGGUGGAUGUCGAUAUUGGAUAUGUGGGAAGGAGCAAAAAUAUCACAGUAGUUGAUUAAAACGGAGCAAGACGUUGACUAGGUUCAUAGAAGUAGAUUUUAUCAUAACCAUGGACUGCGGGUCAUAUAUAUUAAUAUUCCACCUUUUUUCGUGUAAAAUCACGGCCUGUAAGGCAACGUCCCACUGAAGACAGAAUUAACCAACUGCCUCGCUUAAGUGGAAGGUGGGUGCCCGGGAUACCCAGGGGCUUCCACUGUGGCCAGCCAGCCCCUAGAUAGAAAAACUGCCCCCAUGGCUGGCAAAUCCCCGCAACCCAGCCAUGAGCCCCCAUUCCAAGCCGAAGGGACUCUCCGAGCUGACGCAGCCAGAUCGGAGAGGGAAAGAGGGGCUCAGGGCUGGGGGAAGCCCUGGCCCCGAACUACCCAAGUCCCGAGGCACCCUACAAGGACAACUAGGAAAAGAGAAAGAUACGCAAGAAAAUACCUGUCAAGUUAGAAGGCUUGCUACCCCCACGAUAGUACUGACGGGAGUGUGAAUAUAGAUCUGAUAUGCGUCGCUGGACCAUCUGCCAAGUGUCUUGAUGAGGUGAUCUGGUAGGCCACGAGAGGCUGCUGAAGUAGCAGCGCCAAUGCGGAAGCUAUGACCGGUGUAGCAACCAGGGACCCCAGCAGCGGAGAAGAUAGAUUGAAUACUGGAUGACAGCCAUUGGCGAUGUAGAGGGGUGCCAUCAGAAAGAAGGAAGAGUGGGCCAGGAGUUGAGCCACGGACGUGUAGAUACUGGGUAAGGGCACGUACAGGGCAGAGAUCACGUUUACCAGCACCAAUGUAAAUAUGGCAACCUUGGCGAAAGGGGUCCGUCUUAGAGCACUUAAUAUGAACCCUGAAGCUGCUUGGAUUGACUAGGGAAUCUGCUUGGACAUCACUGACAGCAAGGUGGAUGUCAGGAUUGAAGGGAGAGUUGACAGUGAACUCACCAGCGCGUAAGAAACCAAAAAACCCGAGACAGCAGGCAGCCCAAAGCAUUGUAUGGUUGUAGUCAGAGAAGUUCAAGGACUGGAAGAUAAUGUGCAUCAGCUCGAUUGUGAUGGGUUGGCGCUGACGCUUAUUUGAGCCUUGGUGACGUUUGAUACCCCGCAAAACACGCUGUAACCGAAGGCAACCAACCAGCGGAGAAGGAUGACCCUCGUCAAUGUGAAGGGACCGAAUUGCUGAAAGGUAAACCUUUAUGGAUGAAUGGUGUAGAGUAUCAGCAAGAUGACAGCAGAAACGGAUGAGCACGUCUUCACUGGCUGGAAGAGCUGAUCCUGAAGGAGAUAGGCUAUUGUCCUGAGCACAGAAGUCCAAGAAGCGGCGUUGGGCAGAAGCAUAGACUUUCCUAGUGGAGGGGGCAAGACCCUGAGUCAAAUAGAAGUGGUAUUUAUCUGACAGCGAAGAUCCAAGUCCGAGAGGAGCUGCUGCGGAAUCUGGGUUGGAAUGGAGUCUGCAUGAGGAGCUAGCCGGCGAAAACGCUGAAACUGAAAGCGAGACAGGGAGUCAGCAAUGGGGUUAGACUUCCCUCUAACUGGGGAGGCAGUGAACGAGAAGGAGUGACGAGCUGCCAACAGGGACAGAUAGCGAACCAAGGACAUGAUGGUAGGGGCUCUUGAAGUGCCGGACCGCAAAAUGUCCACCACUGAGCGGUUAUCUGAUAGGAAGUUGACCCGUUUGGAGGCCCACUGGGGACCCCAGAGGUAAGCUGCCACGACGAUAGGGAAAAGUUCCUUGUACUCGAUAGACUGAGAGACCUGUGAUGGGAGCCAUGCACCUGAAAACCAGUGACCCUGGAAGACUGCUCCAUAACCAAGAGCCCCAGAGGCAUCUGAAGAGACCUCGAAGUCAGGAAGUGGAGCCCACUGGGGGUACUGAAGAAAGCUGCAACCAUUCCAAGACUGGAAAAACUCUUGCCACCAGGCUAGGUCAAGAAAGAACUCUUGAUUGAGACGAAUCGGGUGGUCAUCGCGUCGAAAGGCACAUAGCAGGUUGAUCAUUCGGCGCAAGAAUGAGCGACCUUGGGGUACGACUUUGCAGGCAUGCUGAAGGUGACCUAUUAGGGACUCCAGUUCCUUGCGUUUGCACCAACGCUUUUGUGACCAAUCCUCCAACAAGGCAGUUAUCCUAUCAAAUUUGUCCUGAGGAAGGCGUGCCAGCAGAUUAAGGGAGUCCAGUUCAAUGCCCAGGAUGGUUAGGCACGUCGACGGCCCUUCUAGUUUGUCUGGAUGGAGGGGGAUGCCAAGCUUAGAAAAACAGUCAAUUGACCUGUCCAGAUUAUGUUGACAAACAGAGGAGCCGGGAGGGCCAAGGGUGUGGAAGUCAUCAAGGUAAUGCAUCAGGAAGGUGACAUCGUAGUUUUGCUUGGCCACCCACUCCACUAAAUCUGCUAUACAUGUGAAGAUAUAAGGAGCUGACCUGACACCAAAAGGCAGGACCAUAUCAACAUAAAAGGCACCACGCCAUUUCAUACCCAGCAACUGGCGAUCUUCUGUAUGGACUGGCACAAUACGGUAUGCAUUUUGCACGUCAAAUUUUGCCAUGAGGGAACCCCGCCCCAGCCGCAUUAUGCCUGCAAUAAUGUCAUCUACCUUCAUGUACUGCAGAGAAUAAUCCUCGCCCGCAAUUCCGUCGUUGACACUGUGGCCCGCAGGGCUAGACAGGUCCAGGAUAAGACGCCAUUUGCCAGGUUGGUGGCGCUUGGGGAUGACGCCGAAACGACUCACAUGGAGGACAGGGAGGGGAGGCUGGGAGAAGGGGCCCGCCACCCUGCCUGACUGAACUUCCGAUUGCAAGUAAUUGUCAAUGACCUGAGGGUUCAGGAGUGCUGAAGCCAUAUUCCCUGUUGCCGACUUCAGGGAAGUACUGUAAUUGAAGCCUAGGUGAAAACCAUCGCGAAGGCCUUGGACCACGUAUGCAACUUUGUCUGGGUUAGGAUGAUGACAGAGUUCAUGCUGGAAUCUAUCCACAUUAAUGGGAGUAAGCUGAGAAACUGGUCGUAGAGGACAAACAGCUUGAGAACACAACGAAGAACCGGAACUUGGCAGACCCUGCUGCUGAGAAGGUAAAACAAAAGGAGAACGCAACCUUAACGCUGAAAAGUUACCAUGAGAACCAACGUGAACAGAAACAAAACUAUUUACAGCUGAAUUGGCUAGAGGUGGCCUAGCGACGGCGGAGACCCCCCUUUGAUUGAGAAGGGGAGCGGGACCGUUCUCUCCGCGCGGACCGGUGAGGGCAGUGGAUGCGGGGGUGGUCCCCGUGGCACGAUUCACAGGAGUGGCGAAACCGGCAGCGACCAAAGGGCCAGCGACAGCGCCCGUCGUUCCAGGAGUGGCAAUACUGGCUAGACCGGGGAUUGCCUGAAGACCCAAGAGGCUCCGACAGUGACGAGGCAGAGGAGGUUGAGGAGCCUGAAGCAGUUGAAGUGGUAACUGGAGAUCUGGUGUGAAAGUUGUAGAGGUCUGGGUGCAUGCGAGACCAGUCGGUUAAACCUGAGGCUGCGGCUUCUUUUCGGAAGGCGAUGUCGUAGUGGAGCCACGAUUUGUCAGAAAAGCGCCUUGCUGUCUGGAUGAUGAGUAAUUUGUACUGAUUUAAAUCUUUCCAGCGAGAGGGGAAGGUGUGGCAAAGAAUCAUAGAAAAAAUUGUGAAGGCUUCAAUCCAGGUGAUGAUGUCUGCUAUUUCAAUGACCCGUUUCUUCGACCCUGAAACCACCAGUUUUCCCUCCAAAAACGCUUGGGGUUCGAUCUCUUGAGCUCUGAUGUUGUCCGGAAGGAGGUCGGCCAAGUCUACAAAAAGCCCUCCGGUAAUUUUUGAAACAAGCUUAUAGGGGACUGGAGCAUAGCCAGGACCCACCACAAAUGCUUUGCUGAAGUUUGGGAACGUAGAGGACUCGGUUCCGGUCGCGCCACCACAAGAGCCCCCAACCACUACAGGCAAGUUGGCGGAGGACGUGGCGGGAAGAGAGGAGACUACCGAAGGACCGCCAGAUGGGCUGUACGUUGAAAUAAAUGAGGGCACAACAAGCGUACCUGAAGACUGGGAGGUAGAGCCAGGGGUACUGGAGCUGGAGGAUGCCGUAGACUGCGUAGAAGUCGAAGUCGAGGAGAGAGGAACAGACGUCGCGGCCGUGUUUGAGUUCCCGCCACUUAAAUCUCGAAGGGAAGAUAGCAACGGAGGGAGCGAUUCCGCGAGAGCUCUUGAAAUUGCCUGUGCUAGCGCGUUGGUGUCCGGCAGGGAAACAGGUUGACUUGGCGGAGAAGCGGGGGUGUUAACUGUAGGAGCUGGGGUAGAACCGCUAGAAGAAGGCGAAGACGCGGUAACCGGGGAAGACAUAGUUGACAAGCUGUUGUUCGUGGUACGCAUCCUGAACGAACGUGACGACCCGCACGCUUUGAAACGUAAAUGAAAGAAAAAGGAUACAAGAAAAAGCACGCUGUAGGACUGCCGCUCCAAAGAUCGCUAACAAAGGCGGAAGACGCUAAAUGAACCGCUUCACAGACCACUGCACAAACGCUCGAUGAAGAACUCGCAGAUCCUAGCCGUGUACAAAGCUACCACAAACCAUGUGAGCCUGCACUUAUGGGAUUGACCGCUGGAUGCCCGCUACGUUCGUGGGCCGCUUGUCAGCUAAGCUUGUAGACCGCUAAGCUUGUGGACCGCUAGACCGCUUAACUUGUGGACCGCUAAACUUGUGGACCGCUUAACUGCUAAGCUUGUGAACCGCUUGACCGCUGUGCUUGUGAACCGCUUGACCGCUACGCUUGUGAACCGCCUGACCGCUAAGCUUAUGAACCGCUUGACCGCUAAGCUCGUGGUGGUUAACUUAGUUAAAUUACACUUAACCGAAUUAAACUCUCGGCCUCAAAUGUUGUCAAGUUAGUAUAACAGUUUCUCUUAAGCACGUCCCUGAACAGCGCAUUUUUUAAUACACCCGAUCAAUAAAAAUGCUUCGCAACUUGCUUAAGAUGCAUGCCAUGACAUUUGGCCUAUCAAUUUGGUGACGACGCAUAACUCGGCUGCUUUGCGGGCUGUUUUCCUCAUUCCCAAAAUCAGUCAUAUAAUUCGCCAUUGCAAAUUUUUAUUGCAGGGCGGAUGCUUUUAAAAGCUCAAACGACAUGUUCUUUUCAAAUUGUAACAAAGAACCCGGCGAAGUAAGAAUUUAUCGUUGAACCUAGUUUUUUCACAAGUUGGACAAUAGCAAAUGAAAAAUGCACACGGGCACACGUGCAAGAAAACAAAAGUAUAUAUAUAUCUUGGCCCCAGAGAGUAAAUUCAUAUAAACUUAACCUCUUUAUUACGGACACUGCUGUGAUCAAGUGCCGAACCCGAAUCCUGAUCAGCUGAAUCUGCACAGGGUGAAUCCCGUCUAGUCUGGCUGAUGAGCUAUGCAAGGUGAUAUAGAGCCCAGUAUGCACAGAGGAACAUAACUGACUUUUUGAAGGCUUCAAUAACUACAUAUAGCAUAAAGAUCUUUUCUAUUAGAUUUUGUAAGUUCUAGUUUCUGUUAACUGCACUUGCAAAGUAGCAAAAGACGCUUUCAGAAUUGUACUUCUCAUUAAUUACUUUAAAUGUGGUUUAACAACGAGUAUGAGCCUAGUUUUAGCUACUCAACACCUAAAACUGUAAGUGGAGUCAUAAAAGUGAUGUCAUCAUAAUGACCUCUUCGCUCUGUCCCUUCGGUGUCCGUAUUAGAGAGGUUCGACCGUAUAACAAGUUGUACUGCUGUCAAUAUACUUUUUUAUUAAUUGAGUUAUUCUCGUACAUCAGGGUGCUACAUGCUGUUGACAAGAGCCUGAACUUAAACCACCAUUUCUACUAUUAAUAGCUUGUACCUCUUUCUAUAAUAACAACAACAACAGCAACAACAUUAGUCAAUGAAUGACUGGCUGGGACAAUCCAAUAUUAUCUCACAGUGGAGCAAAAGCAUUAAAUCUAUCAUACAAAUUAUAAUAACAAGUUAUUUGAUAGAUGUUACUCAAUAUAUCUAUACUUGCCAAAGGGGGCUCAUUUGGAAACAGCAAGGUGGCACUCUAGGGGGGUACCGGUAGGUAGCUAGAGCCAAACACUAACAUCUGGAAAGUAUGAGACUUAUAGUGCAUUUUAUGUUUUCAGAAAACUCCCUGUCAAUGUGGUUGGCAAACCAAGGAGAAUACUAAGACGAUCCCCUCCUCAGCAUGUUAGUCGAGAUGAAAGGGAGAGACUGGUUAACAUGGCUACUAAACUUAUUGUUGCUACGGUAAGAUUUCAGAUUACUGUUUGAUGACUUUUCAUUUAGAAAAACACCAUCACUGCUUGAAUACACUGUAACUCACAGUUUGUCUGUCAAAGAUCCUGUUACAGAAAAUUACUUUAUUUAUACUUAUAAUUAUCAACUACCAGCAGUCAUUUUUGACUCAUGCAUUUUUUUACUUUUUGUGUCCCUUAAUUAAGGGGUUACCACUUAAAUGUAUAUGCAAUGUAACUACCCUCAGGAAACUAUAUAAGCUGUGAUCUCACUAUUAUUCAAAGAGAAUGAAGCAGUGAGUUCAUUUUACCAGUGUUACUAGUUACCAUAAAAGUUAUAUUAUUUUAAAAUUAAAUUGUUAUUCUUAAAUGGAGAUUUAUUGCUUAGGUCUUUUUUUGAAUCCUUUAUUUAACAUACUUUCUGUAAAAAAUCUCUGUUUUUUUUUUAAAUUCAGGAAACUGUUGCUUUACCUGCAACUAAAAAGCAAAGCAAAGGAUUUCAGGCUUCUGAAAAGGUAAAACAUUAAAGUGUAACUUAUCAAUUAAAAAUGUUUAUUACCUUGCUUACAUUGUUAUGAACAAAAUUUUAGGUCAUUAUUAUCUGCCUUUUUUUCAAGAAAAAGAUUUGCAAGGUUUUGUGUCCUGGUUUUUUUGUAACAAAGUACCAUUUGGGAUAACUCUUCAGGGAUCCUUUAUACACUGUGUCAUGCAUCCACCUUUCUCUUUCAUCUUUUUAGCACAGAAUAAUUAGAUAUUUUUGCAGGUAUGUGGAUAUGCUAGUUGAUUAGAUCAUUGAUUAACAGACUCUGUGAGUAAAUUGGUUGGUUGAUUGACUUUCAGGAUAUUCCCAGACUUCAAAGAGAAAAGAAGCGCCAAGUGGCCACAGAGUCACUCUCAUCAGGUACUCUAGACCUACACAUGUGCUAAAGAGUUGUGGAGAUCUACAAGACUAAUGUUUACAUUUUUUUAUCUUAUGAUAUUAAUUUUGUUGGACUUUUCAAGUUGGAUACUUUUUGAGAGAGCUCGUUGAUAUUUCUAGUUGUGGCUUAUCUCUCUGGACUGAUUUCUAUCCUCAAAUAAUCAUUAAUUUUUCCCAUUUCUCUAGAUUCCGAAGGUUCUCAAAAAGUAUCACGACGACCUGCCCCUCCAAAGGUUUGUGGCAGUUUUCAUUGGUAACACCAACCACAGAUGAAACAAGACAUAUAGCUGAAUGUACAUGCAUGCUUUCUACUAUCCGCAUACAAAUUCUCGAGACUGGUCUCCAUACUUUUCUUAAAGAAUUAGUCGGGAGAAUUUGAUAAAAAAUCAAAGCAUUUCCCUUACGUGAUCAUUUUGGUUUUUUAAUAACCUUUUCUCUUGCAUUGUUAGGAGAAAAUUUAUAUUAGGGAGUUUAAGCUUCACGUAUAUGGCAAAUGUCAAACGUCAGAUUCAAGUUGGGAGUUUCUCAAAAUAGAAAAUGAGUGAUAAAAACAGCUCAAAACAAUUCUUUUGGAUAAAAAAUUGCGUGAAGCUGCUAAUUUAUGAGUAGAAAUAAUGACCAGUAAACGAUAAGUAAAGGGGAAACUUGGUCAUGUGGUACAAAUUCGCGUUUACCGUUUGACGUAAACGUGGUGCAUAACCUUUCUAUUGUGACCGAAAUCAGUCAAUCAAUCAAUCAAUCAUUCAUUCAAUUUAUUUAUGUCAAUAUGUGGGACGGGGUUGUCCCAAUCACUGGAGCUGGAAACUCAUGUAUGAAACAUAUGACAAUAAAAAUACUAACUUAUAAUAAUACAAUACAUUUCAAUAAAAAUAAUUUAAAAGAUCAUACGUGUAUAAAAACAAAUAAAAAUAAUAUAUCCGUGAAUGCUCAAACGUUCAAAGCAACACCCUCCCGCGUCCUACUGAAUUAAUUAAAAACUAAAAAUUGUAGGAAUAAGUUAAAAACCCUGAGAUAAAAAAAAAAAACAUCUAAGAUAUAGAAAAAACCCUAAGAUAUACAAAAAAUAAUACACUUACAACUGGCUUUUAAGUUUAUAAGAUUAAAAGAUCUUAAAUGCUUACGAAAUUCACUCAACUCAGUUGAUCUCUUAAUGCCCUGUAAAAGCCCUGUAAAGGGAGUCACAAUGAAUGUAUGCAUGUAUGUAUGUAAAAACUAUUGAUGUUGGUCCCUCUUGGCUGAAGUUUUCGAAAUCAUUUUUCCAGGGUAAACCCAGAUCAGGGUCAGCUCCUCACAGAAGACCUGAAUCCACAUUUUUUAAGUCAUCCUCUUCAAGAAGAGAUGGAGAGAAACAUGGCCGAAGUGGUGUCCAUGUUGUGCUGCCUGGAGGAUCACAAAGUGACGAUGAAGAUCGCCUCAGGUGAAAGGAAAACACGAGUUGUUGUAUAAUUUAAGUUAACAUUAUUUAACUAAAGCUUGGUUUUCAACUUUUUAACCCAAAAUUUAGCCAGAUCCUCUCCCUCCCGUAGACGUGACAGUUGUCUUAGAAUCAGAUACUUAUAAGUCAUAAACUAAGUCCAGAGAAACCUAGAGGGCCCAUGAUGAAGUUUACGCCAGUUUGUCAGUUGGCUCAAAUUUGUGUGCAUUUUUACUUGUUCACAUGAACUAUUUGAUCAGUAUUACAGGUUCAAAAGUCAAGUCUGCAUCGUGUGCAAAAAUAAGAAAAUCAUUGAAGAAAACUUCGCUGCUUGUUCCUUUGUGUACAAAUGACUUUGUUUUGUUUUUCAGGGGAACAACUUUUUUUCUACAAUGAUUUUCCAAGACUCUGCAUGAUGCUCUUUGUUUUGAGCCAGUGCAGAAACUGGAUAAAAUUCAACAUAAACAUUUCAUACGUGAAUAAUGACGAGGACAAGAUUUGACUUGAAGUUUUUCGGGCAUAUUCUCCAAAAAUAGACACUCACAGGCUUCAUUUUACUUUUUUCACCAGAAACGUUAACAAGGAUAUUUUUAUGGAAGGAACUUAAACCCUCUCCCGAUUGCAAAAUGAUAAAACUUUUAACAUUUGACAACUUGUUUCCGUUACUACAACACCAUAACCUGUAGUAGAAUGGCGAUGGCUAUCGCAUUUUCCCGCCAAAAUGAUAGUCACGCACGUGCGCACGCACUGCUUAUGUGAAAAUCUUGUUCUUGUAGUUGUUCUCAUUUUGGAUUCCUAAGGUCUCUAAUUAUACUAAAUAAGGCAAAAUAGAAACAGUCAUAGUAGAGAGUAGAAUCUCCAGCAUGUAUUUACAUACUGGUGUCUGUGCCCUUGCUGAGAUGUUUUCUUGGUGAUUUUGUAGGUCAUUAGUUGGACGCAUGAAUUUAGAGGGGCGUGGCAGCAGUGUCAUUGCAUCAAAGCACCAAUCAAAAGAAACUAGACCUAGAAGUGCGGCUGUUCCACAGAAGUCACGGACCGAGGAAGAUAGUUACGAUGAUGAAGAAUUUGAAAGUGGAGGAUCUCCAAGACUGUCCUCCACGCGUACAACUCCGAGGCAAUCAUGGAUGGAAAGUGAACAUGAAAUGAUUGAUAUGUCUACACAGACAGUUGUUCAUUCAGGUGAGUUGCUUUAUGAUCAUCUGAUCAGCUGAUCUGAAGCUACGCGUAGAUUCGCCGUUAAUUCGCCACUUUAAAAACGAGAGGGGAAUUGGACCGAGCUAACUUUCGCAAAGACUUCUGAGACUGUUACUGGGGACAGGUCGAGGAAAAAGAAUUAGUCAAUGGCUGACCGGCGCGUCCCAGUAAUGAUGAUUGUGGCUCCGUUACCCUUCUCGUUUUCCUGAGUGGUGAAUGGUAGCCUGUUAGUAUGGUAGGUGGGGUGGGGUGGAAGAGGGGUAAAGGGUAGCCUGCUGGCAAACUCGGAGGGGGCAAGGGGACAGUGCUGGGGAGCUCUUUCCCCCCUGUCAUCCCUGGAAAGCUGCUUGCGGGCUAGGUAGCAAAACACGGGAGAUUAGUGGCUACACACGCUACUGCUCCUAGACUGCUAACAGUCUAGAGCACAAAAGGCAGCAAAGCAUUGGAGGGAAGGGGAGGGGAGGGGAGGGGAGGGGAGGUGAAAAUUAAACAAGACGAAGGCCAGCUGGAAGACUGCAUAUUCAGUCACAGUGCUGCAGCCAACUCAAACCCCUUGUCUCUAGGUUAACCUUGCAUAAAUUUCAUUUACAUCAUUACAGGUACACAGACUGUUAAACAGUAUGACGAAGAACUGGAUCAGAUUGACAGACAUAUUAUCCUCCCUUCAAGACUGUCGCCAGUCAAACAAACGCCGUUAGAGAGAGUCCAAGAGGUGUAUGUUUCUACAGAGACGGCAACAGUUGGAGCAAGUACCACAGACAUCCCAACAUCAACACCUCUUUCCGCAGAAACACAGACGAGAAACAGGGAUUUAGAGCCUAAAGGUACUUUAAGUUUAAUUUAUUUGGCGCCAAUUUCAGCCUGUAGCAUAAUAUAUAAUCCUGCCCGUCCCACCUUGAGGUGAUGUUACGAUGCCGGACAAAAGUCCUUGGGACAUUAAUGCAGUAUUCAUAAUUUUCUGUAAUUUCUGGCUUCCCUCAUAAAACAUUGUAACCUUUCGAAAUUUUCUUGCAGUUCUCCCACAAAGUCGAAACUGGGAAAAAAACUUCGCGUCACACGUGUCCAACGUUGUUUGUGGGGUGAGGGGAGGGUUUGGGCAUGUGUGAAUUGGACAACGCUUCAGAAGUGCAGAAGCGUCCCAAGACGUUUGUCCAUGAUUGUAGCUACUACCGCUUAUCUUGCUACUCCCGCUUGCCUAUUGUUAUGGCUACUUAACAACUCAACGUCAUCUGUUUUUGCUUCUGAAUGAAGGAAAUUUUCAUGAAAAUUAGAGAGGGUCACGUUUGAAGCAAUCAAUACUUUGGGCGACUUAGGGCGACUGCAUUGAACAUAUUUCAAAUAUUAAACACAGCAUGGUUGCAUGACUAGGGACAACGAAUUGACUAUAUUUAUCGUGCUUGCGCAGAUUCAACUCUGCAAUUCUCAUGAAAUACCGAACAAAUAACGAUACGAGAAGUACAAAGUUGAUGCUGUAACAUUGCAAACUAACCAAGUGCUGUUCUGUUGUUUUGCCUUUCAACAGUUCUCACCUAUGAAGUUUACAUCCUGACGGGUGACAAGUUAGGUGCCGGUACAAAGGCUGCUGUAAAGUUGACUAUUUUCGGAGAAUACGGCAACUCUGGCGAGAGGCAGUUACUACGAUCAAGAACGCACAGAUCGAAGUUCCAGCGAGGACAGGUAUGAAGAUCGCGAAUCGGAGCGAAAAAUAGGAACCCUCAUAUUUUUGUCUUAAAUGUGUGCUGCAUAUUCCACGAAAAUAAUUUACUUUACGUCCCGGGGGCCACUCAACAAAGUCUUAUACAGGGAGGCGCCAUCCCAACGUCCAACCGUUUACUCUUUUAUAUAUACCAUUUUUGGCAGAAAAGGUAUCCCUUUCGCAUAUCUUCCACUGAAAAAUGGUACCAAUUUCACUUCAUCUCCCUGCUUAAUAAGAAUAAAUCAAAACGGAAGGUCGUCCUGUCAGUUGUAUAGCCAUAUAAAACAAAGGCGCGUCUUUUCGAAACAUUUAAAGUAAAGUCCUUUUUAAUUACUUAUUCGAUAGAUUUUCCUGUCUUUUCAUAUAUUCCAUACCCUGUCAUAACCUGAAGCCUGCAAAAGGUACCUCUUUCGGGCGGAGCCUCUCCGUAUAGGCCAAUAUAGGGAGUACCCCUCGGGCUUUACAUAAGCGUUACCAAAACUAUUUUUUUGUUUUAUUCUUUUAGGUUGACAUUUUUGUCAUAGAUUCAGUUUUCCUUGGAAAGUUGUCAAGUAUCAGAAUUGGACAUAACGAAACGAAGUUAGGUGAGUUAGUGUCAGUAUCUGACUAUCGGAGGUAAUCUGUUCCUUCAUUUUGCUGAAUGUUAAAUCAUUGGUACUUGCAGGUUAUGGUUGGUUCUUAGACAAAGUUUAUAUCAAGGAAGGUCCCGAGGCCACGAGGGCGUUUGAAUUCAAAUGCAACAGGUGGGUGUGUGUGUUUUAUUGUCUACGCGAGUGUUGGACAAAAUCUGGAAGUUGAUUGGCCGACUGGAGUUUGUCAAUGAUAUACCGUAUAAUGGAUGCAUAAUUUUUAUUCGCCAAUGACUUCCCUCCCCCUCAGUGAACAUGUUAUGAAUUUUACAGAAUUAUUUUAAUCAUUUGUUUUAUCUUUCCUUUGAAAGCAUACUUCGAAUUAUUUUCGUCACUAUUUACAAAUAUAAUAUGUUUUACCUUUCUGCUGCUGCUGCGGUGACGUCCCCUUGGUUCUUUCAUAAUUCACUGCCAUUGUUUUGAAGAGUAUCCAUUUUACAGGGGUUACAGCGAGACUUGUUGUUUCUCCUUUACUGGCAAAUAAACACACUUGCUGUCCAUAGAAUGAUCUCGAAAUUCUUCAUCCUGCACUCGGCUACGGGUCGUGUAGUACUUGAAAAUACGCUAUCUUUCUACAGCCAAUGUAUGCAUUCAAUUUUAUCCGUUAAACUUAUUUAGGUCCCUCUUGGUCGAUUUUAGCAUUUUUAAAUGUAUUUGUCACACGCCAUUCCUCUAAGUUUACCUCAUUUUAUCUCAUUUUUGUUUUUUAUUCAGGUGGCUAUCUUCGCGCGAUGAUGACGGACAGAUUAUUCGUGAUUUACCAGUCUGUGAUGUCUUACCAGGUAUAACAUAAGUCUCUUCUUGUUUAAUGUUCUUGUGGUUACUAAGAAGCGCGCGCGUUAACUAGUGUCAUUAGGGACUUUACAAUCCGACGACGCGAUGGUAGUGAAAAUGUCGCUUAAAAAGUGAAGUUACGUUCUUCCAGUCUUUAUCGCGAAUAUUCCUACCUAUUUACUAUAUCAAAAGUUGGCGUACCCUCCUGGAGUUGAGUUCCUGGGAUCCCUAUCCAAGUUCAGAAAGAGAAAUAAAAUUCGUCGUCACUUGUUAGAAAUUAGGCAAUUUCACGUCGUGUUCGUGCAAAAACAGCGGAGAAAUGUACAAAAAAGUGUGAUGCACGUGUAAAGUUGUUGUUUUGCCUUCUAAACCUAUUGUUUGUUAGACGUUCUCCUUGCCAUCGCGUCGUCGGAUCGUAAAGUGCCUAUUUUGGCUGGAAAACGCGAUAGCCGCUGUCCUUCUACUAUGAGUUCUAGGGAAAAUUUUAGUGACGGAAGUUUUAUCAUUUUGUGAUCGGGGAGGGCUUAACUUCUUCAAUAAAAAUAGCCCGUAUUAACUUUUCGGGUGAAAAAAGUAAAAUGCAGCUUUCCGGGGUGUCUAUUUUUGGAGAAUACGCCAAAACACUUUUAAGUGAAAUCUCGUCUUCGUCCUCGAAUCUAAAGGACCUAAAGGUCUGUAUUUUAUCCGCGAGUUAGAAAUGUGACAAUGUUUUUAGUUACGUAAAAAGCUCUUUUCUUAAUCUCUACUGUUAUCGUAUUCUCUUUCGCUUUUUGCACAGCGUCCCAUCUUGUAGCUGUUUUACCAAGGAUCGACGAGAGACGAGACGAAGACUUUUUCAGAAGCGCUAGUGACAGCGACAGUUUCUCAAGCGAUGAAGAUAAUGUUCCUGCUCCUGACUUAAGAGAAGCUAAAAAGAAGCCAAAGAGCGAAGAGGAAUCCCAUAUAGAGAAGACUUCAAAGCAUGUGACCGAGCCAGUCGUGUCCAAACCUCCUCCAGUACCAACUCCCCGUGAAAGCGAUGUUCAGAAGGACGGCUUUAUCGCUGUAAAGGCUGAAAACCUGUUUGAUAUCAGCGAAGGCGAGGAUGACAAGCAAGGGGGUGUCGAGGAACUGGAAAACGAGAAGUUUUUCGACCCCGAUGAUAAGAGCGAUAAUUCCGAGAGCGAAGACGAAGAGGAGAAUUCAAGAACACAGGGUAAAAUGCGAAGAGAGGAGGCAGAAAAUUCAAGUGAAAGCGAAGAAGAAGAGAAAGAUGAAGAAGAGGAGACGGAAGGUGGAAAGAGAGCAACUGUAACAAAGAACGGGUUAGAUAAUCUCAAACUUGUCACUACUGCUAUGACAUCGUUCAAGAAAGCGGCUGGAAGGAAGACUAAGGAUCAAGAGUUUGGAGCAGAAGAACAAGACAAGGAAGAGGAAAAAAUGGAAGAAAAAACAAAAGUGGAAGAACAAGAAAAAGAAGACGAAAGCGGUGAAAACGAAGUUGAACAGGAGAAGGACGUAGAGGAAGCGGCGCCUGAAAAAGAGGAAGAGGAAGAGGAAGAGGAAGAGCCUCGGGUCGAGUUUACUGGUGAUACAAAACCUGAGGUAAGAUCAUUCUUAGUUUAUAGACAGAAAAAUGGGGGAAAAAGAUCCUGCCAUCUUUAACCUGAAAAAAUACUGCUUAACUUUAACUAAAAAAAAAUUGCGCCGGAGAAAUUCCGUGCAACUGAAUUGUGUUGUUAAAUGGCACUUACUCUUGAGCGGAACACGCAAGAGCACUGAAGAAAUAUCUUCGACCAGGAGCCGCUCCUGAAUAUACACACUGCUAGCAGUUCAACUCUUAUUUGGGCAAAAAGUCUUUUAUGUGUAGGUUUUGUUUCUGGUGCAGGCCCUACUUUGUAUGCGAGGCAACGUUUAUUGAUUGACUUACGUAUAGGCUAUAUAAGUUUAGUUUUAUCAAGCUAAGUGUAUAAAUUAAAAUUUUCCUUCUGCAAAGGAUUCAAAGCCAGCAUGCCAGCGCCAACCCUUCAUCAAGGCGAAGACGAUGACGAAGAAGAAGGGCUAGAGCUUGAAAUGUUGGCUUUUGAAUCUCUUUACUGUGGUAAAAUUAAUAUGACAAUUUAGUAUAUGCGACUCAUUUUGGGCGUUUCAUUCCCUCACCAACGCAGUUUCUCACUUUCCUUGCCUUUUCCAGACAGUCCGAUUCUCGAGGCGUCCUAUACAGCGCUGAGGGAUACUGGGAAAGUAAGGAGGGGAAACAUUUUUCCGGUCUCCUCGCUGUUUUUGUGUCUUUCCGAUGCCUCCAGAAUAUAAACGCCUAAAACGGGUGAGACUCUGAACCUUCACUCUGUCGAGAGUUGGAGCGAACGAGCUUUAAAAUUUAGGAAGAUUUGCUUUUAUCAACCGAGUUGGUGAGGUAAAUUUGUGAUUGCAGGGAGAUGGAGAAACUGAUUCUUCGAGUCCUAGCCCUUCGUCAGAGCGAAUCGAUUAUUUAUUUCCUUACGGUGGCUAUUUCUUCCUUAUGAAUACAGUUGAUAAAACCAAAUCUUUGUAUUUCACUCCCCCAGCGAUGCAACACCCCAGUUUUCGUAGAAACGUAGCCCUUUAAUUUAUACGCUCUUCUCCAACUGAGGGGCCUGUUUAUCGUCUGACUGAUUGUGAAAAAUUCAAAGUCAAUAAUUUUCUCGACAGAACGAGCGUGAGCGACCUAUUUCUGCCCAGAGUGAAGAAUUUUUCGAGGGAUUUAAGGCUGGAGUGCGCGCAAAACACGAGAAGGAACGAGAGCGACACAAAGAAUCUGUACAUGAGAGUGAAAGUGUCCUGAGAAAAGGUUUGUUAAUGUUUGCAGCAUCUGAGAAUUAUUGUGUUUUUGAUAAAUAUUUAGCCUGAGAAAAUAGCCGACAUUUUGCAACACCAUGGGCACUACUGGUUUUCCUGCGAAAAGUUGUCUGAGGAACGACUGUAAAAAUUCCGUACUUAUGACGUGUCACUAUCCAGAUCUAGGUAGUACUUCUGAUUGGUGGUACCGCGAGGGAAAUGUGCUUCAACCAGUCAGAAGCACUGCAGAUUACAUGCUAUGUUGUAGUCUCGUACUCAGAAAAUCCCAGGUAAAAUGGCGAAGAAAAUUAAGAUGUGAAAAACCCGGUGCAACGUUACUCCCAUGUAAUUUUGGGAUGAAUAUUGUGUUGUCUCUCUGAGCCGUUAGUAACGUGCGAUUAGGCGUUUUGCGACAUAGAGAGAGAUAUAGGAACCGUGUUUGAUCUUAGGCUACUUUUAAGGUGGAUCAAAGUGAACACGCCCAAAUUUAUUCUUAAAUUAAGUUUUUUAUAUCUAUUCACACAUGACAUAUAAAGUUUCUUAUCCAUUGAUAUUUUUUAUCUAAGAAUCAGUGGGAAAGUCAAACUUAUUGUGUUCCAUUUUUUCGCUGUUUGCCUCUGGAACUGUUUCGCUCAAUUUUUCGUUUUAUGGUGGUAAAGUUCUUGAUUGCCCUUUGAUUUAUCACCCGGUGCAGUGUUAACUGUUUUCUCACCCGUUAAGGUAUUUCAAUACAUGACGCCGCCAAAACUGGAAACCUUGAUCGAAUCAAAGAAUUGAUAAGCGUAGUUCCCGAGAUGAAAAACAAGACUGAUGAACGUGGUAUGAACCCACUGCAUCUAGCUGCAGCCAACGGCAGACUGGACUGCGUCAAGUGGCUAGCAGUCAGCGGUGUAGACCUAGCAGAGGAGACUCCGACUGGCUAUACCGCCAUGCAUUUGGCUGCCAUGAAUGGUCACGUGAACUGCAUGAUGGUAGGUUGGAAAAGAAACAGCAACUACUACGAAAAAAAACCACCAAACAAACAAAUAAAGAAAAAAACUAAUUAGCCAUUUCUAAGUUGCCUUAAUCGUCCUUUUUAAAACAAGGGAAAGUGUCUUGUAUCUAGCAUGGUGGAAAAUUAAUUAUCAUAGAAAUUUUGUAUAAAAGGUUAUCAAAGUUCGGAAAUGGCCCUUUGUUUUGUGGGUAAAGUUCGAAGGGCCAUGUUAGUAACUCUUAAACUUAGGCGAUAUCUUGCAACAGUUCAACAGUCUGAAAAAUAAGUGUUAAUGUGGCUAAUAAGCUAUAUCGCGGAACGCAAUAUAUAGAUGAGGGAGUUAAGCAGCUGUUUUGCCUGUCCAGAACCCAGUCUUGAAAACGUAAAGGGUAGUUGUUCACUGAUUUACUCGAUUAUUUUUGGUUGUCCCAAUCACACUCUGUCGAAUUUCUUGGCGUCCAUUUCUGGUUAUUCAUGUUCCGGUUUAAGAAGUUGUAAAAGCCGCAGAACAAUGAAAUAGUCGAUUCUAUUGCGAGUUUCUGCUAAUUCCUUUUACUCUACAAUUUACCAAAUGGUCUAGAAAACUCUCAUGUAGUUUCCAAAAUAGCACACGUCCCUGAAAGCAAUCAUACUCUCUUAACAACUUAUGAGCGCUAAGACAUUUAUAAUUCCGACACAUUUUACCAAUUGUUCUUUACUGAUUUCAUUUAUCUGUUUUUGAUAAGAUCCUCUCAGCCAUGGGAAGUACGUUGAGUUCUAGGACAAUUGAUGAACUUACUCCUCUUCACCUUGCUUGUAUGAGGUCAGUUGAAUAUUAAAUUUGUAACUGUAAUUUUGUUUACCCUCGAAGCACUUAGUCUUAAGGAUUCUUAAGAGCUCGUUUAAAUGUUUCUGUGCGUUCCACAUCCAAUUGGAAAUUGAAAGUGUUGGUUUUUGAGGAGAGCAGAAAACCACAGUACCUGGAGAAAAACCUCACGGAGUAAGGGAGAGAACCAACAACAAACUCAACCCACAUUUGGUGUUGACGCCGGGAUUUGAACCCGGGCCACGUUGGUGAGAGGCGAGUGCUCUCACCACUUCGCAACCCUUGUAAAUUCCUCGCAAGCGACCUAGAAAGAGUACAUUUGUUCAAAUGCUUUUAUUUUGUUGCAGUGGAUUCACGGAGUGUGUAAAGUGGCUUAUUGCUAACAGAGCCAAAGUAGAUGUGGUUGAUAACAAUGGACGUAUGCCGCUGGAUAUUGCUGAGGUAAAAUAUGCUGCUUAUCUUUUACUCUGAUUUAGUUGCUCUACCUCUUGUUUAGCCUCCCACGCAGACGUUCUUUUGGCUAGUCACGCAAUCUUCCAGGAACGCGUGACGAAGCCCUAAGAACGUCUGCAUGAGAAGCAACUUGCUUAUUACUGCUCAGAGUAGUGUUAAUUCAGUUUGUGCACCUGAUUACAAAUAAAAAUUUAAAUAAUGUUUUCUUCACUGUAGGAAUACGGCCAUGAGGACUUAGUUAAACUCCUCAGGAAAUUUAGUAAGUUGUUGUUGUAUUUGAAAGCUAAUUCUUUAUAAUUCAGUUUAUAUUUAGCGGUAACUAACCUCCCUAUUUGUCGUUUAGAAAAAGAACUCACAAGACAAGACAGCAUGCUUGCUCAACUAAUGACCAGCGAAAGCAAGAGAAGAAAGAGGUGAACAAAAAGUUACAUUUAUUAAGAGAUUAUUUUGAAAAAUGUAUAGCAAGGCGGUGGGUCGUUGAGUUAGCAACUCUAUAAAUCGUAUGGCGCAUGUAUGAUACACAUCAUACAUCAUACACUGUUUACAGGUAGCCAUUUCGACUCCUGAAGGAGGAUCAUGACGAUCAUCUCUCCUUACAAAUAACCCACCCACCCAGCCCAGGAAACAACCGGGGUCUACGUCCCCCACUCUUUUUGAACAGUGGUUCGGUAUCGGGGUGUCACAAGCAACUUUGGUUCUCGAAUCAAAAGCGUUUCUUCAGAUCAGUGAUAUGGCAUUGAAUGAGAAAGCCGCUUUUCUCUGCUGCUUGUAGUAUCGAUUCUAUAUGAAGUGAUCCGGAGGAUACGGAACUGUAAUGCUUAAGCCGCUUUUCUUUGUUGUUUUGUAGUAUCGAUUCUAUGGGAAGUGAUCAAGACGGUGUACCAUCCAAAGUCUCUGACAGCGGAGUUGGUGGAUUGGAGAGCGGAGAGGACAGUUGGAUCAGUGAUACAGAGGUCAGUAACAUCCUCCGCAUAGUUUCGUUUAGAGGAAAAAAAAAGAUCUGAGAUUUUAUAGCCUGUGUACAGACGCUUCCUCUGUACACAGGUUAAGAUUUUAGACUUAAGAAAAUUUCACAGUGCCGACACUUGGCAGUAAACAUCAUCAUUGACGGACUUUCUCCGUACGAGGCUUAUCUCAUCAGUGCUUACUAGUAAGUAGGCUUUUUUGCUUAAACUGGCAAACACUAAGCUAAAGGAAAUUAGAAGUGGCUGCUUUGAUAACUUCAACAGGGAAGCGGUUGCUCAGAAUCGUUGAGUUUGAAUUGAAGUUGAAGUUUUGAGAUGACGCUUAACCCCUUGACCACGGAUCGGGUCAUUUCGGGUCAACAUGGAACCAUUGAGAUUUUGCAUUUCUGAACCGACUUAGCUUUCAGUUUAAGUAAUUAAGUUGAUAAGUAACGAAUUCAGGGGAGACAGAAAAGAAAGGAAAAGGAAAGAAAAAGAGAAAGAAAACAAAUGAAGCUUAAUGGAAAUAUGCGAAAAAAAUAUUGAGAAUCUCAUUUUUAGCCAUUUCUAUGCUAACUGGUAGAAAAUUAAAAAACCGGUCCUGAAAGGAGAGGUUUGUAAAAAAUGUGGAUUUUUUUCGCUACUAAAAUUCCGUAUUCCAAGGUAUAAACGACCUUGCAUUUAAUGCUUAGAGGUUGACAUUUUCAUUGAGAGACUGGUUACUUUGCACCGCAUAAUAGAAUACACUACGUGGAAAUACAGCGUAGAGGCAGAAGUCUAAUCUUGGAUUCUCCUAAAGAAGUGCACCCGAAGUUACGACUUUGAAGUAUAAGUUGAUGAAAACCGUAAUUUUAAUAAGAAUGGGACAGACGAUGAUGCACAUUCAUUAAGGAAAGUGUCUCAAAUCGUUUUGGAAAUACUUGCUGUGUGGAGCACUGUUAUUUCUGAAACAAAACAAAAAAAAGACAAACAUAAACCUAGUCAGCUUAUGAAACUACUGAUAGAUCAACUUAUGACAAGAUUUAAUACUUUUCACCCGUUUUUAAUCUGUGGACGAAAUUUUAUGGUGUUACUAUUCAAAUAAAACCUCUUUGGUAGAACUUUGGCAUACUACUUUUUACUUCUUGGUAUUUUACGAAAUGAAAUUUGAUUUUUUUAAAAAAAUUAUUGCCCUGGACACUCUAAGGAAAGAAGGGUAAAGUAAUCGAGAAAUCACUCUUUAAAGAUUGUGUUUUGGUUCAGCAGGAGGACCUAACAAUAGAAACAAUGAAAGACUCACGGCCGGACUCAGCUACCAGGCAGCGACCGGGCUCAGGAAGGGAGCGUCCCGAAUCAGCCUCGAGAGCCAGGACAGAUUCCAUCAUGUCAAUGGAGGUUUGUAUGUCAGAUUCUGUGUUUAACCGAUAACACCAUAAGCGCGGAUAUCUUACCAAGUUUUGUAAGAGCUUGUCAGCCGUGAAAAGCGCCAUUGUUCUUAGGGCUCGACAAAAUUGUAUCACACGUUAAAAAAUCAGUAGGACUAUCAAUCAAUCAAUCAAUUUGACAUUUCUUAAACUUCAGGGAAGAAUGGCUACAAGCUUUCUCUGCUACGACGUCGGCUGGGAUCUGUCGGGUGGACAAGCGUUAGUUAUGAUUGGUCGAUGGCAGAAACGAGAAACGAUCCCAAAAGUCUUUGCGCCUCCUUGGCUUUUUGAGUUGCCUAAGCCUCCGUUUCAAAACGAGGCUGAGUGCGAAGCCAUUGACAUGGAAACGAUUUUUUAUUCUCAUGCAAAUCAUUUAAAACUCAUUUUCACAACAAAGGUUUUGCACCAAGCCUCGUUUUGA